UCUUGAUGCUGCUUGGGUGUGAAGCAACUUUAAUUAAAUGUGUGUGUUUUAUAUAUAAGAUGUCAUGAAAAAGUAGGUCUUGCAAACAAACAACUAUUAAAGUCCGUUCAUUACUUUAAUUUAGAAAAGUGAAAACUAAAAAGUGUAAACCUGUAACAUUUUACAGCAACUUUAAAGAUGAGCAUACUACUACUAUUGAUGGCAAUAUGUGCAACUUUUUACCCAGAAGCGCAUGCUGCAGAAAUCUAUUCAUUGGAAUCUCUUAACUAUCCACAAUAUAGAGUUGGCAUCAGAAGUGAUGCAACAGCAGCUAUUAUCAUAUAUGGUAUUGAGAAAUUUCGCAUCGUAAAAGCAAUUAACGGGCAAGCCAAUGCAAUAUCUCUUCAGUCGGUGAAAGAAAACAAUAAGUACCUUCGUCAUCAAAACUUUAUUUUCAAGUUGCAUUCAGCAGAUUUUAAUUCUGAACUCUAUAAAAACGAUGCUUCUUUCAUCAUUCGUGAAAAUAAAUAUUACCCGCGCUACAUUUCCUUUGAAUCAACAAACUACCCAGGUUAUUUUCUUAGACAUCAAGAUUUUACCGUAAAGUUGAAUAAAGAAGAGCCAAAUGUCGAGCUCUAUCGAAAAGAUGCAAGUUUUAGACUUGUUCAGUUGGGAAUUUCUCUCAUUGGAACGCGAUACUCGUUCCGAUCCAACAAUUACCCAUCGUAUUGCAUAGGCAUAAGAGAAGAUGAUACUGCAGCUAUUCUUUUAAAUAACUGGCAUGAAUUUAGAAUUGUUAAGGCACUUAACGGACGAAUCGACUCAGUUUCUCUUCAGUCUACACAACAAAGCAACAAGUACCUUCGUCAUCAAAAUUAUAUUCUUAAGCUACAUCCAGUUGAUAUUCAUUCUGAUCUCUAUAAGAACGAUGCUUCAUUUAUUAUUCGUCAAAACUAUUAUUAUCCCGGCUACAUUUCAUUUGAGUCUACGAACUACCCUGGUUAUUUUCUAAGACAUCAAGACUAUACUGUAAAGUUGCAAGUCGAAGAACCUUUUUAUGAACUUUACAGAAGAGAUGCAAGUUUUAAAUUAAACACUUUUGUGUAAAUGUUUUAUUGUUCUUCUCUUAUUUAUGAGUGUAAAGCUUUGUUGACAUGUUAUGUUCAUGAGCAAGUAAAUUUAAAAUGUUUUAUGCAAUGUCGGGAGCUUGAAAUUUAUGGUUUAAUAAAUUUGGAUUUUAUAUUUUGCA